GAUAAGGAGAAGAAGAAGAAGGAGAGUAUUUUGGACCUGUCCAAAUACAUCGACAAAACGAUCCGAGUGAAGUUCCAAGGUGGGAGAGAAGCAAGUGGUGUCUUGAAAGGAUUUGACCCUCUUCUGAAUCUUGUGCUUGAUGGUACCAUUGAAUACAUGCGAGAUCCAGAUGAUCAGUAUAAAUUAACAGAAGACACACGUCAGCUGGGACUUGUGGUCUGCAGAGGGACUUCUGUGGUUCUUAUUUGCCCACAGGAUGGGAUGGAAGCUAUUCCAAAUCCUUUCAUUCAGCAGCAAGAUGGCUAGUGCUUUCUUUUGAUUGUCUCUGAAGACUUCAAGGGUGUGAAUCAUCAGAGGAAACUAUUAGUGUGUUGAGAAGCUUUGUGGUUUGGGGGAGGGAGUUUGAAUGUGUAUUUGUUAGCGUGAAAGAAUGGUCAGUUCUUAUUUUUGUGGCUUUCCAUAAAUGAUGUGAGGAUGGGGCAUGAUGUGUAAGAAGGAAGUUCUGAGUUCCCCCCUCCCACUAAAUGUGUAACUACACUGUUUAGAGCUGACAGGGGGUAAUAUAUUGUCAUGGAAUUACGUGAGGCCCUCUUGAUCUUGAUUUUGAAACAACCACAUAAAAUU